AGAGGCGUCAUUUUCACUUUUUUUUUCUCUGUUUCUCUCUCUCGUUACAGGUAAAUGACAACCGCACUUGGUUUGGCAAGUUGUAAGAAGUUGAUGAGCAAUUUGAUAUGGCCGGGAAUGGGUGGUGAAGGUUGUGUAGAGAAGCCGUUGGCCACGCUCUGGAGGAACUAUACUCAAAACAGCAAACCGGACGUGCUGAUGAAGCUGUGCUUGUGCCCUUCCGGACUGAAGGCCACCACUCGGCAGCACGGUCUCACGGAGUACUGGUCCCAUCGGAUAACGUACUGUACGGCACCAAAGAACUACCCGAGGGUCUUCUGCUGGAUCUACAGGCAUGAGGGUCGAAAGCUGAAGCAUGAGUUCCGUUGUCAUGCGGUCAUCUGUACCAAAGAAUCCGUUGCGAAGGAUAUCAGUUCUACACUGAAGGAAAAUCUAGCCAAAGCUCUGCAGGAGUUCAAACGGGACAAGCUGAACCGGCAAAAUGCCCGCCUGAGUUUGGCCAACAGCGUGUACGACAACCCGAGCAUGCCCCGGCGGAAAAUCAUGCUGAGCGUCGGUGCCAACAACUACCGACCACCGCUGGAGCGAUCCAAAUCCGCUCCAAAACUGAUGGCCAUCGAGGAGAUGAUUGCCGAGGAGGACGAAGAGGAAGAUGAAUCCGCCGGUAGACCGGUAAGCAAGAGUCAGGGAGAAGAGCUGCGGGCGUGCUGUAAGGAGGAUUCACUGUUUCCGUCAACGACCCUGGGCAGACGGAGAUGUCGCCGAGGUCAUUCCAUACGCAGGAGCAGACUGAGAAAUUCGUUCAAGUCACCCAAAGCAGUUGAAGCCAAAGUACCUUUGAAGAAUGAGAAUGUCGUGCAGGAUAAUCCCAUGAACAAGUCGGUUGAUUCGAUCUUGGAUACCAUUAAACAGGAAGAAGAGGAAGAUCAGUUGGCAGAAACGGAAGAAUGCACGGAUGACAGUCAAAUUGUGGUGCGACCGUCUCAUCAUUCGGAUUCCUCAGAGGAUGACUUCGAAGCAUUCCUUUUGAACUAUAACUAUAAUUCCAAAGAACCUCUAACGUCGGAGCUAAUCUCGUACUUGGACAUGAAGCUGAGCCCCAAAGUGACCGCAAGCAUGCAUGAUCUGAGCAGUAACCUGCGCGAAGGAGAAUCUGAUCAAAGAAGGCGGUUAGAAGAUGCACGGCUAGCGCUUAGCUUGGAUGAUUUGGAUAACUACGAAGAAGGCCAUGACAAUGAAGAUACCGAAGACGACGUAUUCUUCAAUCAGAAUGAUGUUCUCGAAAUACUUCGAAGUACGACCAAAUGCGGUGAGAAAUCCGACCUCAUGACAUGUAGUGGAGAUGAUACUGCUCCCCCGUCGCUACUAUGUGUAACGAACAAGAUCAAUGGAAACUCGGACAGCGACGAGGGAUCCAUCUCCAGUGGCUGUGAAACCUCCAGUACAGUUACCACCAAUACGGACGAAUCCGCUGCAGCCAUCCUCAUCAAACCGUGCUCCGUUCUGGAGCGAGUUCGAAGCUUCGAGCAACUCGCCGAACAUCCAGUCAUCCAUGAGCCAAUUGGCGAAAAGACUCCUCUCGGAAAACAUAACCUCGACACGACCAUCUUCAAACGGAGCAUCACCUUCCCUGCUCCGGGCGUGAAAACAAGCUUCCUCCUCCCGGUCUCCUCAUCCAUCGUCCCCGAAGAGGAACCCCUCUCGGAAACACCGUUGGAUUCGCUCACUCCCUCACCCACUCCUUCCUCAACGAAACCCUCAACGUCUGCCAACGGAGCCAUCCCCUCGGCUCGACGCCUCAAAUCCACGGUGGCCGCCGUCAACACCGAACUGAUAAACCACCUCCAGGCAAUCGACUCCGAUUCGGACCUCAGCGAUGAAUCCGGCUAUGUGGAAUUUCAGGAUCAUCACCAUCAGCCUACCAUAAAGUCCGUGAAGGCCUGAGAUGGCGCCACGAGGAAGUGAGUCGCCUACUCUGCUCCUCGUGUGAAUCAAUUCACGGCCUACUACGGGUCAGGAACGCAAUCUUAGCGGUGUCCGCAGUGACACGCCUGGCAAACGGGUUCGGGUGCAAAGAUCUAGUGAUUUAGCUUUAUAUCUGUUAUAUAACUUACUGCAUCUAGAUUUGUAAGCAGAGAGAAGCAUCACAAAAAAAAAUCGUUAGGUUGCAUUAUUGUUUUCGGUCGCUCUUGAAUUGAAGAAUCUCACGUGUCGCACUACCUGUUGGGCGACACGUUGCAGCGAGAGCGUAACCCACAUACCAAAUAAUUUAUUACUGUAGUCGUACAUGUUUCGAAAAUAAGUACAUUUCGCAAUGAGAGAUGACCAGCUGGUUACUUUAGUUAGAAGCGAGAACUAGAAGAGGGAUUAUAAAUUGAAAUUUAGUUCUAGUAGGAACCAAGUGAUUAGGUGUCACAUCACAAAUGUGGGAAGGGAUUAUAUUUAUCUAAGGAAUUUACAGGUACCUUUUUACCUAAAUCUAACCGAUUCCAACUACUAUUGCAAGCAAACAAUCACAAAACUUCCACACAACACAAUCACAAACACAGACCUACAAACAAACUCACACAUUCACGUACAAGUUGUCUUAUCUGAUAGAAACUAACCCAAGCAUAUGUACCAAAACUGAUUCUAAAGUAGAGUUGUUAGGGAAACCUCACACAAACAAGCGCGCACCAGAAACAGAUGUCUUCAAUGUUGUCUACAAACAAUAAUGAUGUUAACAAAUUGGAUGAAAGGAAAAAUCAAUUCGAGAAUAUAAUCUCCAUACCGAUUAAAUCAGUCGAAUCAAAACGAGAAAGGACUUAAAAAUCAGUAAACUGUGAAAUUAUACUAACAAACGAGAUGAUUAUAACUAUUAUUAGAAGUGGUUUAUGUACCAAGGUGGUACAUACGCACGCAGAGAUAGAGAGAGAGAAUAAAUAUGGAUGACUAUAUUUAUUGCGAUACAAGCAGAUGAUAUUAUUAUAAAUGUUUCCAAAUUUAUGGCAAAAAGCUGCAAAAUAAACUAUUGGAUGAAAAUAUGGA